ACACUGCAUUUCCUACGAUCAAGAGAAAACAAAAAAUAUUGAUUAUUUCUAGAGUAAUCAGUAAAUAGAGGAUAGGCUUAGUUCAAUGUAGAAUAUGUCAAUAAUGUCAAACAAACACUUUGACGGGAGUGUUUGAGACAAGCUUUAUAGAGCUGAUGCUAUAUUUUCUUAAAAAAUGGACUCUGCAAUUUACUGCAACUGAAAAGAUUGUGUUUAUGAUUUGUAACUUUAUGAGACGGAUAUGGCCGUUGGUCAUGAUGUGUUAGUUUUGUUGCUGGCGGUAAUAUGCUGUGUUGGAGAGUGCAAGAAGAGGAAUGUUCUUCUUAUUAUCGCGGACGACGCAGGCUUCGAGAUCGUCUAUAACAACACCGUGGUCCGUACGCCUCACCUAGCCGCCCUGGGUCGACGCAGCCUGGUGUUCCAGAAUGCCUUCACCUCCUUAGUAGCUGUUCUCCCAGCCGAUCCACCCAUACUGACAGGCCUGCCAUCCCAUCAGAAUGGUAUGUAUGGCCUGCACCAGGGAGUCCAUCACUUCAACUCGUUUGACGGAGUACAAAGCCUACCUCUACUGCUGGGCCAAGCUAACAUACGCACAGGGAUCAUUGGGAAGAAACACGUAGGCCCUGGCCCUGUCUAUCCCUUUGACUUUGCCUACACCGAGGAAAACAACUCUGUACUUCAGGUGGGUCGGAAUAUCACCCGGAUCAAACUACUGGUCAGGAAGUUCUUCCAGACCCAGAGAAAGGAAGAGGAAGAGAGACCYUUCUUCUUGUAUGUAGCGUUCCAUGACKCCCACCGCUGUGGACAUUCCCAGCCGCAGUACGGAGCGUUCUGUGAGAAGUUUGGGAACGGCCAGAGUGGAAUGGGGAGGAUUCCAGAUUGGAAGCCAGAAUACUACACCCCAGACCAAGUCAAGGUGCCCCACUUCGUCCCAGACACCCCUGUAGCGAGAGCUGAUUUGGCUGCCCAGUACACUACAGUUAGCAGACUGGACCAGGGUAUUGGUCUGGUGCUGGCUGAGUUGAGGGAGGCUGGUUAUGAGAAUGACACCUUGGUGAUCUACAGCUCUGAUAACGGUAUCCCUUUCCCCAACGGACGCACCAACCUGUACGGAUCAGGCACCGCAGAACCCAUGUUGGUGUCAUCACCUGAACACAGGGAGAGAUGGGGAGGAACCAGCCAGGCCUACGUCAGCCUACUGGGUGAGAGGGAGGGAGAGAGGGGGAGUAAAACCCUCACCCGCUGCCGGCACACCGUCUAUGCCAGGUUAAACCCAGCCCUCCACCAAGCACACCGUCUACGCCAGGUAAAAACCCUCACCCUGCCUGGCACACCGUCUACGCCAGUAAAACCCUCACCCUCCGCCUGCACACUGUCUAUGCCAGGUAAAAACCCUCACUUGACGCCUGGCCACCAUCUACGCCAGGUUAAACCCUCACCCGCCGCCUGGCACACCGUCUACGCCAGGAAACCCUCACCCGCUGCCUGGCACACCGUCUACGCCAGGUUAAACCCUCACCCGCUGCCUGGCCACGCAGUCUAUGAACCAGGUAAACCUCACCCGCCGCCUGGCACACCGUCUACGCCAGGUAAAACCCUCACCGCUGCCUGCACACCGUCUAGCCAGGUUAAACCCUUCGCACCCGCGCCUGCCACCACCCGUCUACGACAGGUAAAAACCUCACCCGCUGCCUGGCACACCGUCUACGCCAGGUUAAACCCCACCCGCUCCUGCAACACUGUCUACUGCCAGUAUAAAACCUCACUCGACGCCUGGCACACCGUCUACGCCAGGAAAACCCUCACCCGCCCACCUGGCACACUGUCUAUGCCAGGUAAAACCCUCACUCGACGCCUGGCCACACCGUCUACGCCAGGUAAAACCCUCACCGCUGCCUGGCACACCGUCUACGCCAGCCAGGUAAAAACCCUCACCCGCCGCCUGCACACCAUCUACAGCCGUAAAACCCUCACCCGCUGCCUGGCACACCGUCUAUGCCAGGUUAAACCCUCAACCCGCCGCCUGGCACACCGUCUACGCCAGGUAAAACCCUCACCCGCCGCCUGGCACACACGUCUACGCCAGGUUAAAACCCUCACCCGCUGCCUGGCACGCAGUCUAUGCCAGGUUAAACCCUCACCCGCCGCCUGCACACCUCUACGCCAGGUAAAACCCUCACCCGCUGCCUGGCACACCGUCUACCAGGUAAAAACCCUCACCCGCGGCCUGCACACCGUCUACGCCAGGUUAAACCCUCACCCGCUGCCUGGCACGCAGUCUAUGCCAGGUAAAACCCUCACCCGCCGCCUGGCACACCUCUACGCCAGUAAAACCCUCACCCGCUGCCUGGCACACCGUCUAGCCAGGUUAAACCCAGCCCCUCCACCAAGCACACCGUCUACGCCAGGUAAAACCCUCACCCGCUGCCUGGCACACCGUCUACGCCAGGUAAAACCCUCACCCGCGCCUGGCACACCGUCUACGCCAGGUAAAACCCUCACCCGCCGCCUGGCACACCGUCUACGCCAGGUUAAACCCUCACCCGCCUGCCUGGCACGCAGUCUAUGCCAGGUUAAAACCUCACCCGCCGCCUGGGCACACCGUCUACGCCAGUCUAUGCCAGGUAACCCUCACCGCCGCCUGGCACACCGUCUACGCCAGGUAAAACCCUCAACCCGCUGCCUGGCACCACCGUCUAUGCCAGUGACCAUGUACUACCCUAUCCGCUCCAUCCACCAGGCGUACCGCCUGCUCCACAACCUCCACUACCGCAUGCCCUUCCCCAUAGACCAGGACUUCUAUGUCCUCUCCCACCUCCAGACCGUUCUGAAUAACACCCUGGCGGGGCGGCCCACAGGCUGGUUCAAGACCCUGCAACAAUACUACUACAGGGACCGCUGGGAGCUUUUUGACUUGCGGUCGGACCCAGAGGAGACUGUGAACCUGGCUGGGGACCCAGCUCUCGCCCCGGUCCUGGAGAGCCUCAGGGACAGGCUGCUGAAGUGGCAGUGGGACACUGGGGAUCCGUGGGUCUGUGGACCAGACGCUGUGCUGGAGGACAAACUGGAACCACACUGUCGACCGCUCUACAACGGACUCUGACCGCAGCUAGACCACAACUGGACCACAACUGGACCACAACUAGACCACAACUAGACCACAACUGGUCCACAACUGGACCACAGCUAGACCACAACUAGACCACAACUAGACCGCAGCUAGACCACAACUGGACCCUGAUUGAUCCACAAUCAAUCAUGUUUAUUUUAUAAAGCCCUUUUAACAUCAGCAGUAGUCACAAUGUGCUUCCUAGUUAGCCGGCCUGAACCUCCACAGAGCAAUCGAUGCAGAAGAAGAAUCCCAGUGGCCAGGAACAUCUACCAAGAAAGAAGGAAUCUAGGAAGUAAGAUGGAGAGGAAUCCCAGCUCCUACGAUGGCCCAUCCUUUUCUGGCUGUAACAGGUAGAGGUUAAGAGUACAUGUGGCCAUUAAGGGUACUGGGAUUUUGUGCAGCCACAACUGUCUUUAUUUUCAUGCGAGUUAUAACCCACGAGUUAUGACUAUAGGACCAGGAGUUUUGACCAGAAACCACCUCGUGACCGAACAGGAAAACUAGGGUUAUGAUUAUGAUGACCAUCUAUGGCUGAAAAACAAAAUGUGGUAUAGCUUCAGUACUGGAUUUCAUACAAUAUGAAACAGUAUGUUUUGUAUGAUUUCAGUUUAACAUCUAGAUGUUAUUGAGAUUUUAUGUAUUUUGUAAAAUAAAGUAUUUUCUUGCUUC